AUGUUUCGUCAGCCCGGCAGCAUUUUGGCUUUGAUUCCAUCUUGUUCCUACCUGUUCCUGGAUAGUGACGGGGAGGAGAAGAGGCACCGUCCCACCAUGUCUCGUUACAGCCUCCAUAAUCUCCUGGACUGGAUGUAUGGGGGUGUGGACCCCAGCUUUGCUGGUAACGGAGGGCCAGAAUGCGCAGCCUUUCUCUCAGGGCAGCAGCGCUUUCUGGAGAGUUUGGUCUUCCUCAGUGUGGGCGUCAUGGAGAUCCUUCUGUCCUUGUGGAAGCUCAGGCAGCUGCAUUCCAGGGAACUGGAGAGUCAUCUGCUGCUGCAGCAGCCCCAGAAUAAGCAGGAAAGCUUGGGCAAGAACGUGCUGCUGGUAGUGCUCUGUCUCACCUUUGGGCUCGAGGUGGGCUUCAAGUUUGCCACCAGGACUGUCAUUUACCUCCUGAAUCCCUGUCACGUGGUCACUAUGAUGCAGAUUUUUCUUCUUGCCUGUCCUCCAUGUCGGAUUGCAAUGAUUCUCUUCAGGUUGCAGAUGCAUAUGUUGAAUGGGGCCCUCUUGGCAUUGCUGUUUCCCGUUGUUAAUACACGCCUGCUUCCAUUUGAAAUGGAAAUAUAUUACAUCCAACAUGUGAUGCUUUAUGUUGUGCCCAUCUAUCUGCUGCGGAAAGGAG